GGGAGCGCGUCAGCAGCGCUUCCAGGAAACAGCGCUCGCGCUCUGAAGACCACAGUCAAGCCUCAGAAGCAUCUUCAGAGGAAAAACAACCGACAUCCCAUCAUUUCCAUCGUCUACAGCGACAUGACGAGCGGGAUUUAAAAUCACCUCAUCAUACGUCACAAUUUAGGUCUUUUAAAUACAGUACUAUGCCAGAACAAAGCAAUGAUUACCGGGUGGUUGUGUUUGGAGCUGGUGGAGUGGGCAAAAGCUCCUUGGUCCUGCGCUUCGUGAAGGGAACCUUUCGUGAGAGCUACAUCCCCACUGUCGAGGACACCUACAGACAGGUGAUCAGCUGUGACAAGAGCAUCUGCACGCUGCAGAUCACAGACACCACGGGCAGUCACCAGUUUCCUGCCAUGCAGCGUCUGUCCAUCACCAAAGGACACGCCUUCAUCCUAGUGUACUCCACCACCAGCAAACAGUCUCUGGAGGAGCUCAAGCCCAUCUUCGAGCAGAUCUGUCUGAUUAAGGGAGACAUCGAUAGCAUCCCAAUCAUGCUAGUGGGCAACAAGAACGACGAGGUGAGCGCUCGUGAAGUGGAGAGCAGAGACGGAGAGGCCAUGGCCAGGAGGUGGAAGUGUGCCUUCAUGGAGACGUCAGCUAAGACAAAUCACAACGUCAAGGAGCUGUUUCAAGAGCUGCUUAAUUUGGAGAAACGCAGGACUGUUAGCCUUCAGAUCGACGGCAAGAAGAGCAAGCAGCAGAAACGAGCCGAGAAGCUCAAAGGCAAAUGUGUGGUCAUGUGAAAAACCAAAGUGCGCUUGGAAAACCAAAACGGUUUCACUUUCAGGACACUGAUGCUCUGGCUAACACUGUUUACACCUCAAGACAAGAAUAUUGGACAUACACUAAUCAUAGUGCAUUUGCAGGAAAAAGGACUAAGUGAGACAACCGUUUACUUUCCUUUUUUCUGUGGAUCACAAAAGUAACAUCUUUGAUGUCUAUGCAGGCUGCUCAUUUCCAUAUUACAAAGGUUACGCUUCAAAUUAGUUACUUCAGGAAUUAUUUCCUUGUUCUUUGACACAAUUUCCUGUGGAGAAAAAUGCCUAGCAAGCCAAUGUUAUCAUUUUAAUAUAACUUCCUUAGCUUCUCACUGAUGUGAUUGUGAUGCUGCUACAGGUUUGCACCAGAUUUGACCCUGUCCUAGACCACAUAAAAAGAGAAAAUGCCUGGUAAACAGAGGCUAAUGUGCAUGAACCCAAUGGCAGUACUAAUACAUUUUCUGCUAUCAACAAUGUAGACUAGCGAA